AUGGUAGUUCGAGGACCAACUCUGAAAUUAGCCACAGGUGAUGAAAUGCCGGCUCUUGGCCUUGGUACUUGGCUGUCAAAGCCAAAUGAGGUUGCUAAUGCUGUCAAGCAUGCGUUGGACUGUGGGUACCGUCUAAUUGAUACAGCAGAAGCCUACGGAAAUGAAAGUGAAAUUGGUGAUGCUCUCCAGGAAUACUUUGAAUCCGGCAAACUGAAGCGUUCUGAUGUAUUCAUAACCACAAAAUGUUUUUGUACCCACUUCCAAACAGAGCAGAUGAACGCAGCAAUCCAAAACUCUUUAAAGAAACUUAAGCUUGACUAUGUGGACCUUUACCUUCUUCAUGCGCCUGCUGAGUUAAAAGAAGACAACACACACCCGGAGCAACCGAUGAGUGUUGAAAAAAUUUGGCAGAAUUUUGAAAAUGUGUAUAAAAAGGGAUAUGCGAGAGCGAUUGGAGUGUCAAAUUUUACCGUUUCACAGAUGGAACGUAUUCUAAAGAUUGCUACAGUUGGAAUUCAUAAUCUUCAAGUUGAAUGCUCUCUUUAUUUUCCACAGUUUGAAUUGGCUGAAUUCUGCAAAAAACAUAACAUUACCUUGACCGCCUACUCACCACUUGGAUCUCCAGGACGAUUUAGCGUAACUGAGCUUGAAUGGACACAAACGCCAAGCCCUCUUGAAGAUGCUUUGGCGAAAAAGCUCGCAGACAAGUACCACAAGACUCCAGCCCAAAUCCUUAUUCGUUAUCUUCUACAGCGCGGUUUUUCGCCGAUACCCAAGAGCGUUAAUAGCAAACGUAUUGAGGAAAAUUGGAAUGUAUUUGAUUUUGAGUUAAGUGCUGAUGAAAUGAAGGAGCUCAAUGAUUUGAAGAAGAAUUAUCGAGUAUGCUUAUGGUCUUUCUUAAAAGGCCAUCCAGAUGAUCCGUUUAAGGGCGAAAGGUGA